AUGUGGGUAUUACAGGAGUACGACUAUGUGGUGGUAGGCGGAGGCUCGGCAGGCAGCGUUUUGGCAGCUCGACUCAGUGAAGACUCAGAGGUAAUGGUGCUGCUAUUGGAGGCUGGCGGCCAGGAGACGCCUAUGUCGGAGGUACCGGGACUGGCGGCCAACCUUCAGCUCUCUCCCAUGGACUGGCAGUACAAGGCUGAGCGCUCCACCACUACCUGCCAGGGGAUGUAUGACACUAGAUGUAACCUGCCUCGGGGGCGUGUGUUGGGUGGGAGCAGCGCUAUCAACUACAUGUUGUACGCGAGGGGCAACAAGCACGACUACGACCAGUGGGAGGCUCUUGGUAACCCUGGCUGGGCUUACCAUCAUCUCUUGCCCUUCUUCAAGCUCUCUGAGGACAACACUGACCCAGCGGCUGACCCUGAGUACCACGGGAGUGGAGGUUUCCUGACGGUGGGUCAUACUCCCUGGAACACCCCACUUGCCGCGGCCUUCGUGGAGGCGGGGCAGCAGCUGGGCUACGAAUCGCGAGAUGUCAACACUGCCCGCCAAUCGGGCUUUAUGGUGCCACACGGCUUCCUCAGACGCGGCUCACGAUGCUCUAAUGCCAAGGCUUUCCUGCGGCCCGCCAGCCUCCGCAACAACCUCCAUGUAGCACUCGAGGCCUUCGUCACCCAAAUCCUCAUCGACCCCCUUACUAAACGCGCUCAUGGCGUAACGUACGACCGUGCCGACCAAAAGGGACAGGUGGUGAAGGUGAGGCGAGAAGUGCUGGUGUCAGCUGGCGCCAUCAACACCCCGCAGUUGCUGAUGCUGUCAGGUAUUGGUCCCGCCCACCACCUGGAGCACCAUCGCAUCCCCGUCAUAGCAAACCUGUCUGUGGGAUACAACCUUCAGGACCAUGUGGCCGCGGGGGUGAUAUUUAUUAUCAAGAAGCCCGUGUCUCUGCUUACUGGCCGCCUGCAGAACUUGCCGGCAAUCUUCAAGUACUUAUUUAGUGGUAGUGGCCCACUCACCACCCUGGGGGGCGUGGAGGGCAUCGCCUUCAUCAACACCAAGUUCGCCAACAUGUCCGCUGACUGGCCUGACGUGCAGCUGCAAUUCGUAGCGGGGUCUCACGGGUCUGACAGGGGCUCUCACCUGCUCGUGGCAUUGGGCCUGCAGUCCGUCUACUGGUCUCACUACUACGCCUUUUUGGGUGACACCGACCACUUCUCCAUUCUGGCUAAGCUUGCCAGACCCAAGAGUCGCGGCUACAUCCAGCUCCACACCAUAAACCCCUAUGAUCACCCCAAGCGGUCUUCUGACGAUAACUCCUUAGAUGAAACUGGACGCCAUUACUUGUAUGUUUGGCCUGACUUUAAAUAUCAGAUGUCACAAAUCGUGACCAACUACCUGGAGGAGGAGGAGGACAUGCAGGUGCUGCUUGAGGGGCUCAAGUUCGUCCGCCGAUUGGGAAUCGCUCCGGCCUUCACCAGGUUUGGAUCUCGACUGUUUAAGCGCCACCUUCCUGGGUGUACACACUUGGACAUGGAGACCGAGGAGUACUGGGAGUGCACCAUCCGCUUCCUCACCUUCACCCUCUUCCACUACUGCGGCACCGCCAAGAUGGGGCCUUCCACCGAUCCCGCAGCAGUCGUAGACCCUCAGCUCAGGGUGUACGGUGUGUCUGGCCUGCGUGUGGUGGAUGCUUCCAUUUUCCCAAGAAUCCCGACAGGCAACACCAACGCCCCAGUCACUAUGGUGGCCGAGAAGGGUGCCCACAUGAUCAGGAGCUACUGGGCAGAGGCAUCCAUGACCCCACCCACCACCAACGCCAACAACAACAACGACGAAUUGUGAAGUUGAUGGUAGUGACCGAGUGAAAGGACUUCCUGCUGUUGUGGGUACGAUCUUCCAUCGAAGCUCCUGUAAUUGUCACUCGUUCCUUGGAUGACAGCAGCCUUCGCUACAAAGUGCUCGUCUAUUUGGACUGACUACAUGACCUCGAUACCCAAACGCUAACCAACUCCCUUACCUGUCUGU